CCCAGCUUUUGUGGGAGGGAAGCUGAAGGCCCCAGGCAAGGAGCCCAGCCUUUACCUCCACCUCUGCUAGCUGGUUCAGCUUCUUGGAGGCUUCUCUGUAACCCUUUGCUUUCCUGAAGGCAGCAGGAAAGUUUGGAAGAAGACUCUUCAUGGGGAGUACAGGGGGUAACCAUGCAGAGGGGCAGGGACCCUGACUAGUGGGGACACAAUGUUUUCUAUAGGAUUGGGCCAGAGCCAGCAGGACGAGACAGGCAGAAGGCUGGCGGUAGGCUCUUCCCAGGGUCAUGGUCUCAGUUCCUGGCAUAUAGCCCUGAUCUUGGGGCAUAUCUGCCAGCUUCCGCCUGGGCUGGUAUAGGUGACAAGCACUUGGCCACUCAGGCUGUGCUGGCUAGGCACAAUGCAUCAGAGUGAGAGGGGCCCUUUAGGGGCCUCAAGCUGGAGGGAAGAAGGCAGUUCUAGAUCAUGUCCAUUGCAUUUGGCUUGGCAUGGGCACUGACCUGGCCAGCCUCGUGUCCAUCUCCAGGGCCCGUCCUUCCUCUAGCACCUGUGGUUGGAGGGUUAGUGUCCUUGCAAGGGCUUGGGGGGAGGGUUGGAGGUGGCUGCUGGUUAAAUUUAGAGUGGCUCUGUGCUGCUGCCUGCCGUCCACCUGCCAGCACUACUGCUCCUUGGGCCCUGCGGGGAGGCAGGCAGGGGCAGGCUCUGUCAGGGCCAAGUCUAUAGUCAUCUGUGCUCUGGUCUGAGGGCCAGACAGAGGCCAGUGAGCCGGGAGGCCACUGUGGCAUCAGAGCCAAGAGAUCCGAGGUGAGUGUGUCCCCACAGGGCCUCGUGUGGUGUUUCUUUCAGCCUGCAGGGACAGAGGGAUCAAGGCUCAGCUCAGGCCUUCCUAUCUGCUGCCCAGCUUAGAAGUCAGGCUCCCCAGCCCUCAGCUUGAGCCACAGAUGUGUGUGUGUGUGUGUGUGGGGUGCUUAGAUGACCAGUGCUGAGCGUGGCCUGUAAGCUUCCUGCAAGGCCAGUGGGAGUGGGGCUCUCUGGGCUUAUCAGAGCUCACUUCCUGCUCUGUACCAAUCAGGAGCAAGAAGGAAGGGGACUUAGUUCCUUUGGGCCUGGGCUUUGCCCUAAGGGCAACCUCAGGCUGAUGUGUAUUGAAAAGACAUGAGGGUAGUCCAGGGUGAGGUGUCCAGGACUCUGUGUCCUGUCUCUAGUCUCUUCCCCUCCCCCCAAACCCUUGCAGUGCUCAUCAGGGACCAAGGUCCACCCAUAGCACUCUGGCAGUCCCCAUGGAACCUAGAGACUGAAUAUCUCCCUCCCCUCCCCCCGGGCUCCCCAGAUUCCUAAGGCCUGGCCUAGUUACCUAGGAGACAAGUCCACUUAAGUAAAGAUGGGGUAUGUAUGUGUCAGGUCUGAGAGGGCUAGACCUCAGCUGGGCCUUGCUGGGGUCAGUCUCCAGUGGUCUUAGUAGGCCCAGGUGCUGAGUGCCCUCUUUGCCCAAUGUCCAGGGUGUCAGAUGUUAACCCGUCCGUCUGUCCCUACUCCCCAAGUGGGUCUCCUGCUCCCUCAUGGGGACAUUAGGCGGCACUGGGCCUCGCCCCAAGCCCCGCCUGCCGCCUUACCAACUCCCUCUGGCUCCCUGGGGCAGAUCUGUGCCCAGACUGGUGGGGCGGGGCCCACGGUACUCCAGCUCCUUCAGUCCUUUCUGCCCCUUUCAGUAGGGCCAGAAGGCUGUGGUGAAGAGGGUAGUGUCUUACCUCAGCAGACUUCCCCAUUCCCAGCCCUGAUUCCCCAUCUGGACCUUUCUACUUCCUGAGCCAGUAUCCUUCCCCGGGCUGAGCAGUCAUGGCCUCAAGAGUGAAUGAUCAAAGCCAGGCUUCAAGGAAUGGACUGAAGGGGAAGGUGUUAACUCUGGAUACCAUGAACCCAUGUGUGCGGAGGGUGGAGUACGCAGUUCGAGGACCCAUAGUACAGCGUGCCUUGGAGCUGGAGCAGGAGCUGCGGCAGGGUGUCAAGAAGCCCUUUACUGAAGUCAUCCAUGCCAACAUUGGGGAUGCACAGGCCAUGGGACAGAGACCCAUUACCUUCUUCCGCCAGGUCCUGGCCCUCUGUAUCUACCCCAAUCUUCUGAGCAGUCCUGACUUCCCAGAUGAUGUCAAGAGAAGGGCAGAACGUAUCUUGAAGGCAUGCGGGGGCCACAGCCUGGGUGCCUAUACCAUUAGCUCUGGCAUCCAGAUGAUCCGGGAAGAUGUGGCACAGUACAUAGAGAGGCGAGAUGGAGGCAUCCCUGCAGACCCGAACAACAUAUUUCUGUCCACCGGGGCCAGCAACGCCAUUGUGACAGUGCUCAAGCUGCUGGUGGCCGGCGAAGGCCGUGCCCGCACGGGUGUACUCAUUCCCAUUCCUCAGUACCCACUGUACUCGGCUGCGCUGGCGGAGCUGGACGCCGUGCAAGUGGACUACUACCUGGACGAAGAGCGUGCCUGGGCUCUAGACAUCGCGGAGCUGCGGCGCGCUCUGUGCCAAGCACGUGACCGCUGCUGCCCUCGCGUACUGUGUGUCAUCAACCCUGGCAACCCCACCGGGCAGGUGCAGACCCGCGAGUGCGUCGAAGCCGUGAUCCGCUUUGCUUUCGAAGAGGGGCUCUUCCUGAUGGCUGAUGAGGUAUACCAGGACAAUGUGUACGCCGAGGGCUCUCAGUUCCAUUCAUUCAAGAAGGUGCUCAUGGAGAUGGGGCCACCAUACGCGACUCAGCAGGAGCUUGCUUCUUUCCACUCGGUCUCUAAGGGCUACAUGGGCGAAUGCGGGUUCCGUGGUGGUUAUGUGGAGGUGGUGAACAUGGAUGCUGAGGUACAGAAACAGAUGGCGAAACUGAUGAGCGUACGGCUGUGCCCACCAGUGGCGGGCCAGGCCCUGAUGGACAUGGUGGUCAGUCCGCCGGCACCCUCUGAUCCGUCCUUCAAGCAGUUUCAAGCAGAGAGGCAGGAGGUGCUGGCUGAGUUGGCAGCCAAGGCUAAACUCACGGAGCAGGUCUUCAACGAGGCUCCUGGUAUCCGCUGCAACCCAGUGCAGGGAGCCAUGUAUUCCUUCCCUCGAGUGCAGCUGCCCCCACGAGCAGUGCAGCGUGCUCAGGAACUGGGCCUGGCCCCUGACAUGUUCUUCUGCCUGCGUCUCCUGGAGGAAACUGGCAUCUGCGUGGUACCUGGAAGUGGCUUUGGCCAGCAGGAAGGCACUUAUCACUUCCGGAUGACCAUUCUGCCCCCCUUGGAGAAGCUGCGGCUGCUGCUGGAAAAACUGAGGCAUUUCUAUGCCAAGUUCACCCAAGAGUACUCCUGAAGUCACAGCUGGGACCACUCUGGACGGCCUCUGACUGAACAAACUGAGGGUCCUUGGGAGCUUCAGUAUUUGCUGCUUUUGCCUAGGGCCUGGGUACCUCUCCCUGCAGGUCCCUAAUAAAGCUGGGUGUCAGCCUGA